AAUUUUUGGGCUUUAAAUCGAUUGUGCAGUUUAAAUCUAAAAUAUCGAUAGAAUCGAACCACCUGAUCUCGAUAAAUUAAUCGAGUGAAAUUCAAAGUGUUUAUUAUCACAUUAUUAUUUAUUAAUUAAUUUAUAAAUUAUUUCUAUUUAAACUUUGGUAUUUAAAAAAUAAUUAAUUAACUUAAUCAAAAUUUAAUUGUUAUUGUAUAUUUUAAUAGAAAAGAAUUUUUAAAAAUUAGGUUAGGUUAGUUUUUUUUUUUUUUUUUUUUUUUUUUAAGUAUUUUAAAAUAAAAUUUAUUCAUGGAAGGAUUUCUGCCAGUUAUAACGUCACCCAAACCAUCUCCACAGAAAAAUUUAACCGGGAACCCACGAAUCAUCAAGGACUUAGCUGCUGAUAUUCAUAGAGAUAUUCAAACAUGGAAUGGAAUUCACUUGCACGGAUUGUCAAUUAUAAAAUCAAUAACAGCAAUUAAAACUGAUGACUCAUUUUCAGAAGAGAUACUAGAGCUUUGCGAUCAGUUAGAAAAGGAUAUUGAACUAUUGGAUGGAGUUGUCGUAAGACUAAAUCGUGCGUUAUCUCAAAUAAAAACAGUAUCACUAAUCCAUAACAGUAAUGAUAAAUUAUUCAAAACAUGGUCAACUAAAAAAUUCGAGAAAGCAGUCGAACAAAUUUACGAAGCCUAUAGAGAAGAAGCUGGAUUUAAAAGAUCAAUAUUAGAAAAUGUCGCUCAUGGUUACACUGAUUCCUGGAAAAUGUUACAUCUAGCGGCUUGGGUCCAUCAGCCAAUGUUACCUCAUAAUUUGAAUACUACACUAGAAUCUUUACUCAUUGAAACAGGCCACAGAUAAUAAUUAAGAUAAUAAUUUCCCAAGUAGCACAGAAACAAUUUUAAGAUGUCUUCUAAAAGGACAAGACAAAUUUUUUUUUAUAUCAAAGCCAAGUUUUUUAUGUAAACAAUACAUAUAGAUAUUGGUCUUAACGAUGAGGCAGUCAUGAGUUGUCCUACCUACGGCAAAGAGACUUUUUUUUAAGGUGUCUCUCCCCACUACUACUAGCUUAUUUUUUAAUAUUUUUUCAUAAAAAUUUAGCAAAAUAUUCUUGGAAUGGUGCUUAAUUAUGUCACAAAUUUUAAGAAUUUUAAUAAAGAAGAUAUUUUUUCGGUGACGAAAAUUUCUGAUGGCUGUCAAAAUUUUGUUGUCUUUUCGAUGGUUAAAAACCAGCCUAGAACUUCUAUUUUAUUGAUGCCACAAAGCCGUGUGCUAUUUAGGUAUGACCAAGUAUUUAAAAUUACAUAAAUAAAAAUAAAUAUAUAAUUAAAACGUACUUUUUUUAUUUAAUCAUAUUGACAGUUUAAAUUAUAAUUAUAACACCUGUAAGUUAGAUUUUAUGGAAUUGACAUUUUACAUCUUUAAGCAUAUUUUAUACAUAAAUGUUUUAUAUUUUUUUAUUAAACAUUGAGCGUUUGUAGUUUUUUUAAAAAUUAUAGAUUAUGAAAAUAUUUACAAAUGACUUAUUGUUUAAACCAUGAUAGAUUACAUGGAUGGAAUAUUUUCUUAGUAUGAAAAUAUGUCUACAUUUAUUUAACUUUUUUUUUCAAAUCAUAAACCGAGGCCUACCAAAUUUUUAAAUAAUAAUAACUACAAAAUCUCACUUUUCUGAUAUUAAUUCAAUAAUUUAUGCAGAUACUUUUUAUUUUUACCAUAAGUAUCAAUUAUUAUUUUAAGUAUUUCAAACCAAUGUAAUUUUCAUUCCCAAAUAAAAUAAAAAAUAACCAGAACUUUUUUUUAUAAAUAUUUUAUCUUAACAAUUCGGAAAAAUAUAUUCAUAUUUUUAUUUUAACAACUAUCCUAUUUAUUAUAAAGUAUAAAGUAUAUAAAUAAAUAUAUACACAGAAAAUAAGUUAUUGUCCAAAAUGAAGUUCUUCAAACUCCGAAUUCAGAUUUCGUUUAAACUCAAUAAUAAUUUAAUUUGAGAUCUAAAUAUAAAAAAAACAAAAUAAGAACGAAGAAUUAAAUUAUGAAUUUUUAAAUUUAAUAAUUUGUCACAUAUAUCAGCUAAGGACUAGCUCAAUAAAAAUCUACAGAAUUAGCAUUAGCUCCAAGUUCUUAGACUUAAAUCUUCAUGAUCCUGAAGUUAACAGACAGCUAGCAAUGUUCAGAUUUUUUUUUUCAACAAGCCAACGACGAAAAAAAAAAAACUGAAAAUAUGCACAUUUAGAAAAUUAAAAAAACUAUAUGUGCAAUUUUUUUUUCUGUAAUUUGACGUUUUUUAAAACAUCCAAAAAUUAUUAUACAUCUACUAACUUCAGUAUUAUAAAGUAGCAGACAAUUAACAAUUUUUGGAUUUUUUUUUUUUUUCAAAGUCAAUUACAAAAAUAAAAAAAAAUGCACAUGUAGAAAAUUAAAAAAACUAUAUGUGCAAUUUUAUUAAAUAUUUUUUUUUUGUAAUUUGACAUUUUUAGAAAAAUUUAUAAAUUAUAAGACGUCGGUUAGCUUAUGAUACUGAAGUUAGCUGACGUUUAAUAAUUUUUUGAAUUGAUUUAAAAUGAUAAAUUAUAAAAAAAAAUAUUUUAAAAAAUUGCACUUGUAGUUUUUUAAAUUUUCUACAUAUGCAUUUUUU